AACUACAAUCUGAACAACUUCGAAACUACGACGAGAGAGAUAGGGAGACAUGGUGGCGGGGAGAGACAUAGACGAUCUGCCGAAAAAUGCGGCGAACCACACGGCUUUGACGCCGCUGUGGCUUCUGGACAGAGCGGCUGUGGUGCACCCCACCAGAGCAUCGGUGGUCCACGGAUCUCGGCGCUACACGUGGCGAGAGACCUACCAGCGUUGCCGUCGAUUGGCCUCCGCUCUCUCCAACCACUCCAUCGGCCUCGGCUGCACGGUAGCAGUAAUUGCACCAAAUAUUCCCGCUCUGUAUGAAGCUCAUUUUGGGGUUCCAAUGGCUGGAGCUGUUCUAAAUGCUGUGAAUAUUCGUCUAAAUGCAUCAACCAUUGCUUUCCUUCUUGGUCAUUCAUCAGCUUCGGCUGUGAUGGUAGAUCAAGAAUUUUUUGAUUUAGCAGAGGAAGCUUUGAAAAUCAUGGCAGAGAAAAGCAGAAGUUAUAAGCCUCCACUUUUAGUUGUGAUAGGUGAUGAAAGCUGUGAUCCUAAGACACUCAAAUAUGCUUUGGGAAAAGGGGCCAUUGAAUAUGAGAAAUUCCUGGAAACUGGUGACCCCGAGUUUGCUUGGAAACCACCAGAGGAUGAGUGGCAGAGCAUUGCUUUGGGUUAUACAUCUGGUACUACAGCUAGUCCUAAGGGGGUGGUGUUGCAUCACCGAGGGGCAUAUCUCAUGUCUUUGUGUAAUCCUAUUGUCUGGGGGAUCAGUGAAGGAGCAAUAUACCUCUGGACUCUACCCAUGUUCCAUUGCAAUGGUUGGUGUUUCACUUGGACUCUUGCAGCUCUUUGUGGUACAAACAUAUGCCUUCGCCAGGUUACAGCCAAGGCAGUCUAUUCAGCCAUAGCCAACCAUGGUGUGACUCACUUUUGUGCGGCGCCGGUGGUGCUCAACGCCAUUGUUAAUGCCCCACCAGAAGAGACUAUCCUUCCCCUCCCUCGUGUUGUUCAUGUAAUGACAGCUGGUGCAGCGCCGCCUCCUUCUGUUCUCUUGGGAAUGUCUCAAAAAGGCUUCCGUAUAACCCACACUUAUGGUCUCUCAGAAACCUAUGGCCCCUCCACUGUGUGUGCAUGGAAGCCUGAGUGGGACUCACAGCCCCCCGAAACCCAAGCCUGUCUCAAUGCACGCCAAGGCGUUCGGUAUGUUUGUUUGGAAGGCCUAGAUAUUGUCGACACUCGAACCAUGCAACCUGUCCCUGCUGAUGGAACCACAAUUGGGGAGAUAGUUUUUCGUGGUAAUAUUGUGAUGAAGGGCUACUUAAAGAACCCAAAAGCAAAUAAGGAGGCUUUUGCAAAUGGGUGGUAUCAUUCUGGGGAUCUUGCUGUAAAGCACCCAGAUGGGUAUAUAGAAAUAAAGGAUAGGUCAAAAGACAUCAUCAUAUCUGGAGGUGAGAACAUCAGUAGCGUGGAGGUAGAAAAUAUUCUCUACUUGCACCCUGCAAUUUUGGAGGCAUCAGUGGUGGCAAGGCCGGACCCGCGAUGGGGCGAGUCUCCUUGUGCUUUCGUGACCUUAAAGCCCGGCCUCGACAAGUCCGAUGAGCGUCGUUUGGCAGAAGAUAUAUUGAAGUUCUGCAGAUCUAAGAUGCCUGCUUAUUGGGUCCCAAAAUCAGUGGUGUUUGGCCCAUUGCCAAAGACAGCUACUGGUAAGGUUCAGAAGCAUUUGCUGAGGGCCAAGGCGAAAGAGAUGUUUCCAGUCAUGAGUAAGCUCUAACUGUGCGAUGGUGACGAAAAAAUAGAAGGAAAAAAAAAAUGAUAAAAGACUGCCUCUUAGUGCUUCAGAUGUUUUGUUGGUGGCUCUUUUGAAGGGCUUGUGUUUGGAUGAAUACUUUGAAAUAAAGCUAUAGCGUUAUAUUUAUCUUUUGUAAUAAAACUUGGGGCACAUAAUUUGCAGUUACAUCAAGUCUUA